AAGGUUUAGAACAACUCGACCAGGUUAUAUAAAUUCAUAAAACAUUCUCCUCGGCAACUUGUUCGUCUUUCCUUCUCAGAACACUACGCUGAAAUUUCUUUCAAUCUCCUCUCUCUUUCUCUCUGUGUUGUGUUUAUUUGACAAAAACACAUGGUUUUCACAAUGUUGAGUCUAGACGAUUUUGUGGGCAUGGCGUCUACGCCCAACAUGACUCCAAUGGAUUAUUUGCUUACUGUAUCUAAAGUUGCCUGGACCAAAAUCAAUAUACAAGAAAGAAUCAACCACAAGUCCAUCUUCUCUUCAUUCCCAAUAGAAAAUUCAACUCUUGAUUUCGUCAUCCCAAAAGGGAAACGGUCAAUGCGAAACACUAGGGCUAGAAAAUUUACUGAACAAUUCUUCUGCAACAGUGGCGAUUCGAUGAUCAAGAAAGCUGUGGAAAAUAAUUCUGAUGAAAGGGUAAACAGAGUGUUCAAAAUGGAUUGGGAUGUUGGGGUUAGCAAUCAAGAAUUCUUCCUUCUCGAAAAGUCGACGAAAAAUCAUAAAGAGAAAGAAAACAGAGUGAUCAAAAUCAAUUGGAAGGGUAGUGGUAAUUUUGCAUUUGAGAGACAAUUCCCCAUUAUCAGAAAAAAAAGAUCCCGAGAAUUAGCCAACGAAGAUCAAAAACGAUUCAAGAAGAAGGCAAAGAGGAACAUUAUUGUUAGGGUUAAAGUCCCUCCUGUUGGACUAAUCAACAGAGAAUUGGAUAUUGAUUUCAAGAAAAAGAUUACUGAAAUGGGGGGUUCACUUGUAUCAGUUAAAUUGGUGAUCGAAAAAAGACUAUUCGAUACGGACGUUAAACGAGCAGAGGGCAGGCUUUUAAUCCCGCAAAGACAGAUGAUUAAUGUGUUUCUUGAACCAGAAGAAGAUUCACGUUUGAAUACGCGUAGUGGGGACAACAUGUGUGAGAUGAAAGUGAUGUUGAUCCAGCCUUCUCGUGAAAUAAGUAAAAUCAAUUUGAGAAAAUGGUUUAUGAACAAAGGCAAUGGGAACUAUGUGUUGGUGACUUACUGGAAUGAAGUUGUGGAAACGAAUGAUCUGAAAAUUGGUACAAAGGUGCAACUGUGGGCAUUCAGAAAGGGUACUGACUUGUGUUUUGCAUUGGUUAAACAUGAAGAUUGAAGCUAAGUUACAUGUUUAAAGGAAUUCAAUUCUCUGUUCUUAUGUAUGUAGUUAUUAUUUGUACAGUUUAAAGUACUGAAAAGUUCAAGA